AUGCUCCGGCGAAGGGGCUCAGCACCGGCCGUUGUUCUUCAACAACACUUCUCCGAGACAAGAGGCAUUCUUCUAAAAACAGAUCGCAUCAUCCCACCUCCAGAUGGGCAGCCAAAACUGUCGAAAACGAAACGCGGAGGCAGAAAAGAUUAUGAGCGAGGAUGUAGCCCACCUCCUCCUCUAUCUCUGAUUUCAGCGAACGAUUUGAACCAAUCUUUUGACUAUGACAGUCCUUCGCCCAAAUGCCCAAGUCCUGUCUCUCCAGGAUCACCCAUCUUAAACAAAAAACCGGCGAAAAAUCGUCCAAAACGAAGAGACAGCUGCAGUGAACCUUUUAUUGGACAGGCAUCGAAUCCAGUGUCAAAUACAAAGAACGCCUCAAUCUCGCUACAAAGACGCAGCAGUUCUUUUAGGGAUUACAAUAUUGUACUGUUAGGUCAAGGAGGUGUUGGAAAAUCAGGUUAGUUCAUUAAGGUUAGAUGAUCUUUGAAAUUAAAUGCACUAAUUUUCUACACACGUCAGAAGUUUGAUACUAAAACAACAAACUGAGAAGCGUGAUAGAAAUGGCUGUAUUUGGAAGGUCAGGAUUAAUAAAUUAAUUAGAUAAAAAGCAUAACUCGACUUUAUUGCAACGAGGCCACAAAAAUGGUUACAUCGUACAACUGGACUGGUUUAUAAUAAAUGGGAAAAUUGAAAUGAUGAUAGCCCUCUCUAAGUGACGGUAACUUUAAUGAGUAGCCAUCAUCGGUAGCGUGACUAUGUGAAUGAUACUCUGCGCGAGGAAGGGGCAUUUUAAUACACGACCCAGCUGUCCCAUUUUUCAAUAUUGAAGAAAAGUGUUGAAAAUGCGUGCUUUGGAGAGGAAACUGUUAAAACAACAAACUUGUAUAUAACAUUAUGCAAAUACUUAACGGGUGAUUGUGGUCGUAGAGCGGUGCGCUAAGUUAUAGGACACGAUAACACUUUACGAUGAAUCCUAACGAAAUGCUUCGAAAAAGAUUCUGUCGGAUAAAAAUGAAUGAUUUUCAUAACAGGAACUUUUAACAAAGCAUUUCCUAAUCGCUUUAGUAAACAUUUUUGCGGCUUCUUUUUGAGAUCUUUUCAUAACUGAAACUCAAUAACGAUAUUUGUUUACGUUAAGGAGUAAUUUGUGUUUCUUUUUUUUCCGACAUCAAGUAUAUAUUGCCAACCCGUCAUAUCUUCCUUUGUUACGAGUGACUUCUCUGAAUUUUACGAGGUGUUCAAUGAGUUGAUGUUUACGUAAAGAAAAGGAUAAGUCUGUCCACAAUUCUAAACCUUGAAUCUGCAUUUAACUUAAGACUUUGCAACUGAACCAAUAAUCGUGGGCUAUUGCUAUAUGCCGGCAGCCGGGAAGGGUUUCAAAAAAACUAUGUGCCCGGCAGUCGGAAAUUUUUUUAGAAUUUCUGCAAAAUCCCUUUUUCUAAUCCUUCGAGAGUAUUCUAUCUUCAUUUUAUAAUUACCAAGCGAUCGGCCUUCGCAGCUGGAUGGUUGUGGUUUCUUGGGCAAAGAGUACAGUCGACUUUUUUUCGAUGCAAGAAAAAUUUCGUGAGAAGCAGUGCCUGACAUCCCGGGCACAGUUUAUCCUCAGUCUUAAUGCCCGGUAGUCCGAAUUAUCAGGGGAAUUUCAACAAAAAGUAUUUCAUCGACCUUCAGAGUAGCCGAGCGGGUGUAAAGGGUUAAAUAAACGGUUUAACAUAUAAAGCAGACUGCCGAGAUUAUUUAGCCUGCGUCAAAACGCGCCGGUGAGUCACGCGUGCUGCUACUCACUCUAUGCCCAAGAAACUACAACCACUCAGAAGCGAAGCCAUUCCUGUUUUUCUGCUUGCUUGGUAAUUGUAAAUGAAGAUAGAAUACUCUCAAAGACCUCAAACGAUUAGACACAGGGAUUUUGCAGAAAUUCUAGGAAAUUUUCUGACUGCCGGGCAUUUAGUUUUUUUAAGACCCUUAGUGGCUGCCGUGCUUAUAGCCACAGCGUUUUUAUAAGGACUAUCAUCAAGCAAUUAUCUAUUCAUCUACUUUUGUUAUAAUGGUCCCUCUUAACUUGUGAAUUACAGGGCAGAACUACACCCAUGCGCUAAAACUGUGGCAAACAAAGGCUUAUCUCAGAGGGCCACUGAGAGGAAAUUGAAGAAGAAUUUCGAUUCAUUUCAGCUGUCAUUUCUUUUUACAACAACGACAAUAAUUCCUUUUUAUAGCUGGCCGUAGAUUUCCUUGUAUCAGUCGAACAAAUGUAAGAAGGGAGAAUAAAACGCCGUAUAAGCUAAGUAUCUUUGUAGUUGUGAGACUUUGUUUUCAACAGGCACGUGUCUGAUGAGUAGCCCUGUGAAUUUUGGCAAACACUUGAAAAAGAUAUUUACCAAUCGACAAGAAUAUGUCAAUGGGUCACUGUUAUCUAAGUCAAUUUGAAAUAUUACGCAUGCUUUAAAGACGUGGUGUAUGGUUAUAGUAGCUUAAUGGUUUAUGCAUGCAAUUUCUAGAAACAAAUCUGUGACUUGUUAUUCACAGACAAGUCAAUAGCUACGGAAAAUAAUAAGUCUACAACUUUUUAAAUAUCCAAAUUAGUGAUGUUAUAUUUUUGAUGCGACCAACUCAUUAGAGAGUGUCUUUUAAGAGAGGUUUGACUGUAACUUCUACACGUUUUCAUUUUUGUUCUCAGCGCUAUUGGUUCGAUUUACAACAGGAAGAUUUAUUCACGAGUACGAUCCCACACUUGGUAAGUUGUAUUUUUACUCGAUUAUACAAAUCUAUGUAUCUAUUUUUCUUUGCUAGCAGGGGGCGGGUAGGGGGAGGGGCUUAUUGCUUUUUGUGGGUUUGAUCUAUAUCCGGCGAAUCCGCAGGAAAAACGUUUGGUCGAACGGAUAACAAUAAACCGAUAACGCCUGGCAAUAGGAAACACAAUAGAGAUAAGGUCUAUGCACGCAUGCGCAUGAGAUCGGGCAGCUGUCCUUCAUUUCAUUGGAAUUUUCUUUUGCCUCUUUGUUUCUAUUCCAUUUUAUCUCGUGUCAAGCUGGUAUUUAACAUCGCGUGUGUUUAAGUAAUUUGUAUCUUUACUGUGCUAUAAAUAUUACUGACAAAUACCGUGACAGUGGCUAUUUUUGAGAUAGAGUUUAUCGUGGCCAGUGGCUAUUUUGAGACACCGUACAAAAUUUUAACGCGGUAACAGUUUCCAGGUGUGGAAGCAAUAGAAAAAAAAGUUGAUCGUCUACACGGCCUCCAUAUUCUCCGUCCUAUUCUUGAACGAACAUUUAAGAAAGAUUAUAACUUCAAUACUUCAAUGUUUUAGCCUUAUUUUAGAUCUUAAGAUUCGUUAUAGUGAUACGAUGGAAUUUUUGCGUUUGACUUGACUUUUUAAGUCAGUUGGUUUAUUUACUUAUUUAUUUAUUUAUUUAUUUGACUAUUUAAACAUAUAAAUCCUAAGAAAUUUUUUCCAAGAGCAGGAACUUUGGAAUAAAAUUAGUUAAAACCUUUGGAGCUGGGUUCGAUUCAUCACUGCCCACACCAACCCUCCAACCCUUUUUCGCUCCAGAUCAUACUUAGUCCAACCUUUUGUCAUUUUUGCAGAAUUGACCUAUGAUAUGUGUUACGAAGUUGACGAGGAGCCAGCGGUAUUACACAUCACCGACACAGCAAGCACGGUGAGUGAAGACUUGAUCAUGGACUGUUGUUUAUACGUACACAUUUGCAAAGCAGUUGAAAAAGGGACAAAACCAAAAAUGUCAGUAAAUUUUUAACACUGCAAGUGUGGAAGUGGAAAUCUUCUUUUCAUUGAAUUGGAAAGGAUUCAACUUUUUCACCUUAAUAAUAAUAAACGAAUAUCAACUAAAUAAAUAAAGAUCCCGUAACCUUGCAGAGCCCCAGACCUCUUGACCAGCGGAUGUUCUCCGGCAGACACGCUGGUAACAAGGAAAAAAUCCGAGAUUUUCAUUGGUUGUUCGUGAAAUGUUGUUUUCAUUGAUCGGGUGUUCGGCGGAAUUUAUUGUUUUUAUUCUGUUUUACGAUAAUCCUAUUACCAUUUGUGCUAAAAUAAUCUCGACCUUACUAUAUGAUCCCUCUGAUUAACCGUCCCUGUAAACAGGCCCUAGGUUAAGGCAAGGAGCACAAAGCUGCACUUCAUAUCCUCUUCCUUUCCCGCUUUUUUGCUCUACUCUCACUGGAGAUCGACCCUGUUCACAGGCAUAGCAGUGUUUCCGCAAUAAAAUUCCAAAUCUCCUGAGUCCCUCCCGUCGACCAGCAUUCAAAGACAGAGAAGUAGUCACAUGAGCAUGUGUAAGGGUACAAGAAUAUAUCGAAACGGUUACAAAGCAAUAUAAUUGCUUUAGCAGAUUGGUACACCCCAGCUAAACUUGCCGAGAAAAACGUGUGUUGAAUACGUGCGGUGUACCCAAUAGCAAAUGCAUGUACCCAAGUUAAGAGGUUUUUCUUAACUUACAGUACUCCCAAUUAAUGUGGGCAAUUCUUUAUUUUUUUAGCAUGAACCGGUGUAUUUGAGCCAAAACGAAGGUUUCAUUGUAGUCUACGCCAUCGACGAGCCGAGGACGUUCCAAACGGCAAAGCAGCUCAUAAAACUGAUCCGAGAAUUGAAGAAACAAAAAGGCCAACAGACAGCCAUUGUUCUUGUCGGUAAUAAGGUGGAUUUGAAUCACACCAGAUCAGUGUCCAAUGAAGAGGCUUUGGAGUUUGCAUCGGAAUACGAGUGUUUCUUUCACGAAACAUCAGCAGCUAAUAAUAUCAAUGUCAAAAUUGUCUUUCAGGACGCCGUAAGACAGUUAAGAGUACUUCAGUUGAACCGGAAGGCAAAUGGACCCAUGAAUUCAAUUAAGAACUUUUUCUCGCGAUGA